AAAUGAUUUCCCACAUCGAACAAUCCCAGCAUGAAUACCCAUCUAGUGUUCUGGGUCAGAAAAAAGAUCGAGCACCUGACCUGCAGCCUUUCCAAACCACAGUGAUGCUCAACCGAAGUAAAGCAUAAAAACCCAACAGAUCAAAACCCAAAUCCGAAAAGCCAAAGGAAAAAACACAUCGUCCUCUAAUCAUCGAACUGGGUCUCGCAUCAACAGCCGGACGAGAUUGAGCAAUCGGAGGGGAGGUUACGGCCGUUAAUUGUUUUGAGACGACAGGAGUCGCCGUGACAGUCACGAGUCGCAGCGCUUCCCGUAGGUAGACGAGGCGCCGAGCGAGAAAGAGAAAGCGAAAGACAAAACUCAAAAUGGGCGAAGAAGAUGGGGUUUUGGAGAACCGCCCCGGCAUCCUUAUUGUCGGAUCCUCCAACGUCGGCAAACGGACCCUUCUCUCCCGAUUACUCUCUGUGGAUUUUGAGGAUGUUUCUGAGUCAUCGUCCGAAGUGCUCGUCCACGGCUGGACUAUCGAUACAAAGUACUACACAGCUGAGGUCUUUGUACGGAUGGCCAAUCUUCAUGAUGAAUUUUCUAUUGGGACAUUGCCGAUGUUCAACCGCUUGGCUGCCUUGGUCAUGGUUUUUGACAUGAGUGAUUUGUCAUCGCUGGCUGCACUUAAGGAUUGGGUAGCUUGCACUGACAUCCGAAAUUUUGAGAUAUUGUUAUGCAUUGGGAACAAGGUGGAUCUCCUUCCAGGCCAUCCAGUUCAUGCUGAAUACAGAAAACGCCUGCACAGGCUUGAGGACUCCUCCACCGAUCCUUAUGCAGAGUUUCCUGGAUAUGGGAUAUCUGAAUUUGAAGGAAGUAGUUUAUUGGGGGAUGAAGAACCAUCAUGGGAGAUUAGGAGGUCGUGUUUGGAAUGGUGCACUCAACACAACAUCGAAUUUAUCGAAGCUUGCGCUUCCAAUGCUGAUUUCGACAAAUGUUUAUCCGUUGAUGGGGAUUCACAAGGAGUUGAACGUCUCUAUGGUGCUCUUUCUGCUCAUAUGUGGCCUGGAAUGAUCCUUAAAUCUGGCAAUAGGAUAAAUGAACCAUCCUUACCUGAAAAAGAAGAGUUGUCUUCGGGAGAAUCUGAUUAUGAAUUGGAGUAUGAAAUCCUCUCUGCGGGCUCAGCUGAACCAUGGGACGACACAGAUAAAGGAUGGGUUUCUGCAAGUGGUAGUACUUCAUGCCCAGAUAUGGCAGGGCUUGCUGCUCAGAAUAUUUCUGUUAAGGAAUAUGAUCUAGAGAACUUAACCAGAACUGAUGAAGAAAAGUUGCAGCCUUCCACAUCGACAGCCCCGUUGCAGGAUGAGAAUGACCAGGGUGUGAUACCUGAUGCAUCUGAGCAACCUGCGGAGCUGGAUGAGGAUGCACCUUUUGACUUUGAGGAUUUGGAGCAGUUGAUGUCCGAGAUUGGGAACACGCGUGAAAGCUUGAGAUUGAUGCCUGAUUUUCGGAGGAGAGAAAUGGCAGCAAAGAUAGCUAUGAAAAUGGCUACCAUGUUUGGGGGUGGCAGUGAUGAUGAUGAAGAAAUUUGAUCCAUUUAUGGAAUUACCGCUCUGCUGGACUGUGUAAUCAGUUUGAAGAUGAUCAUCCCAGAAUAUAUUUCUUGGUGUCAUCCAUGUGCUGAUAUUGGGAAGGCCAUGAGCAGUCUUUUCUAUAUACAAAGCUCAUCUUCUGGGUUGAUUUUUGCUAUCUGAUUUCUUUUGUCACCUUAUAACUUGGUUACUCAGGAUCUGAUAUGCUUGUGUGAUGUGCUUAAUCAGUUAGAACCCAAAUCUUCCGAACAUUGAAAAUGUUAUAAACAUGCUUAUUGUAAUAAACUACAUGAGUGGGACUUGGGAAGAUUAACUAGAUGUCUUUUAGAGGCAUUUAUAUAUUAAUCCUGAUGGAGGAGGUUAUGUAAUGAUGGUUAAAUGCUAUCAUAUGUAUACUACUGACAGUGAUAGGAAAAAUUUCCCAAGUUUUACAUGUUAAUUACAUUGCCUGUAUUGCCUCUGCA